CGGAUGUAGCUUCACCUGCUCAGUCUGCUCCGCUACCGACAGACUACAGAGAGACAGACUACAGACUACAGACAGACUGCCGGCUCGUUGUCUCUCUCUCUCUGUCUGUGUCUCUGAGGAAACAAUGAAUAAAGUUUUGUUGUUGUUGGUGUUUAUCUCUCCGGGGACGAGCACUUCCGGUCUGAAGAGAAUCACCAAAACUCAGGUGCAGGGCUUCGACUGGAAGAACUGUGGUCGUCCAGACGCUCCGGCCCUCCUGAAGACUCUGACCGUUACUCCUGAUCCCGUCUCCAUCCCCGGAGACCUGCAGGCCUCAGCGUCUGGAUCCACAUCUGUGGAUCUGGCUGCCCCGCUGCCU